AACAGUAGGUGCCUGUAGAUUCUGCACGCUUCACAGCUGAACUCCGUUCAGCUCGCGUCCCUCCACUGCAGUGCCAGUGACUUCGGGAAUUCUGUUCCAAAGCGAUCUUUCCCUGCAGCACAUAGAACGCCACACGGAUCCAACAUGCUCGGGCGCAUCUUCGCGAGCUAUGCGCUGUUCGCGUGCUACAGCCUGGCGGAACUGCUAACAGCCACACGGGAAGCUUCCGACCCGACAAUAACGACAGCACCCAAUAUACCAAUCGAGUUGCUGAGGAAGCAGGCAGUCGGCGAUCGUUUCAUAGGAUGGAUCUCCAUAGAUGGAGAAUGGACCAGCCGCUCUUGCGACGUCGGCGGCACAUACUUCCAGAGCGACGAAAUCUGGAAGUGUUGCGCCACCACGCUCGAUGGCUGUAACGCCCCUGUUGGAUGUGCGGCGGGAAGUCUAAUCUACUCGAUCUAUACAUCUAGCUCAUACAGUUACACUACGAUUGCAUGCACGGAAGCGUAUGAUGAUCCUGAUGCUACAUCAUGGUCAGUAUGCAAUACGGGAUUGAUGUAUGAGAAUACUGCAGACUUCGACCCAGUAACCAACAUCUUCUGCGGGGCGAGUGCGUCGAGGUUCACAUACUACCGUGUAAGACCAUCUGAAUCCACGUCUUCGUCUUCAGAAUUCUCAACACCCGCAUCUACAUCCGCCCACCCAACAGACACAUCGCUAGGCCCAGCCGAUUCCGCAACAUCAACCCCCUCCCCGACUCCCCUCCCUCAGCCAACCAAACCCAAAAGCAAGGCCUGGAUUGCCGGUGCAGUCGUAGGUCCCAUAAUUGGCCUUGCUCUCAUCGGCCUCCUAGCCUGGUUCCUCCUCGUCCGGCGCAAGAAGAAAACCACUCCGCCGCCACCACCACCACCACCACCACCCAUGCAGCAGCAGCAAUACAACGGACCCCCGUCCCCUUAUCCAGGAAGUCCAGCGCAGCCUCCAAAAUCCUACUACAACGCGCAAAAACCCCCCGCAGCUGCAGUAGUUCCCAUGGGCGUGGCAUCGCACCAGAGCUGGGCUGCGCCCCCGCCGCACUCACCGACGUCCCAGGGCGCGGUGUCGCCGCACGUCCCACCGCAAAAUCUUUACGGGCAGCAGGCGUAUCCUGGGCCGGGUCAGAGUCCAUCGCCGCCGAACGUACAUGCGUAUGCUGUGGGUGGGGAGGGGAAGCCGUUGGGGGUUGGAGGGUACGGAGAGAGGCCCUUUUCUGCGGAGCUGGAUGGGGGGCAGCAGAGGUUAAGAUAAGAUGGGAUUGGAAGGAGUAGGGAGGUGAAGUGGUAGGGAUGCCGACAUUGUGGAGAGACACCUUUGGGGAUCGAGGGGAGGAGUUUCUUCAUCAGGGUCAUGGUCGCACGAUUGUAGGUAGACUAUUGAUAUUCCCGAGAGUAAUAGAGUAGUUGGCUCGCAUAGGCGUUCAGCUCGCUUCUAUAGUACGCUGUAGCUAUUAUAACGAAAGGGCUGAUUUGUAUGCU